AUUACCGUAGAAUGUUAUUGAGAGUUAAGUGGACACAAGACGAAAGUCGUGUCGGUAGGAGCUUUGCGAGAUCGUAUUGAAACGGAAAAGGCCUUUAAGUCGGUACUGGAUUGUUUUCUCCCUGGUUUAGCUAAGGUUAGCUCCGUUGUGUCAAAGGCGCUAGUGCGGUCGCUUCAUAAUUACCCUUGUUCACACGAAAAUGGGGAUAGCCGACGAAGCAGACCGGUCACUCUUUGUUGGAAAUCUAGAUCCAAGAGUGACAGAAGAGCUUUUGUUCGAGCUAUUUUUACAGGCUGGGCCUAUGAUUAAAGUAAGAAUCCCGAAAGACAACGAUGGGAAACCAAAGCAUUUUGGAUUUGUGAACUUCAAGCACGAAGUGUCAGUUAUGUACGCAAUGAAGUUGUUCAACGGAACCAGUCUUUAUGGAAGGCCGCUGAAGAUACAGUUUAGAUCAGGGAGCAGCCACUCCAGCGCGGAUGGAAAUGGUCCAGGAAACUCGCAGAACUCCAGCCCUAUGAACUCCCCCGCGCUGCGCGGCGGCAGAUUUGACAGGCCAGUCGACCAGAUGGCUUCUCCUUCCUACUCGCCACCCCAACUGAAUCAGAAGGCCUAUAUGUCCCCAGAAAACCUACAGAGACAGGUCCUGAUGAACAACAUGUGGCAGCUGCAGCAGCUGAGCCACAGCCUGGCCGCGGGGUUCCAGCAGGGCUACGGCGCAGGCGCGGGCGCGGGGGAGGGCAGCCCGGCGCACCGCGGCUCCUGGCAGCAGGACGGCACCCCGCAGAGGGGCCACCGCCACCCCUACCAGCAGGACGGCGGGGGCAGCCACCGGAGCAGGGACCAGCGCUCCAGCGAGCCCGGGGCCGACCGCCACCGCCGCGGCCAGAGGGGCGACCAAUACUAUCACCACGACGACCGGACCGGCGGCGGCCGCAGCAGAGACUACCCCGACAGGUCCCGGGACGGGUCCAGGGACGGCCGGUGGCGGCGAUACUGAAGCUGCCGGGAUUGGGGGGGGUGGUUGAGGGGUCAGAGGUCAGGCCUCGAUUGUUUUUUAUUUUAAAAUUUUAAAAAAGUUUUAUACAUUUGUGUAUUUUUAUUUUCAAUGGGUGUUUUUUUACAGAAAAUGCUACUAUGUCAAAAGUUCAACAGCUUGGUGCUUCUCUGGUAUACCAGCAUCCUGAAUAAGGAACAUCAGAAUGCAGAUGGAUUAUUUACUGUUGCACAAGUGCUUUCAGGAAAUCCAGAGCGCCUGCAAUGAACAAAAUCUCUUCUUUCGUAUAGGUUAUCAAGAAAUUAUAUUUAGAAGAGGUGGAUGUUACCUGUUAUCUUUUACCUUUUACCUAAUGUCAUUUUUGGGGGGAUAAUUUAAGCGUUGGUCUGUUGUACCAGUCUUAAGAAAAAAAUGUACUGGAAAAAAAGUUUUAAAAGAGUUGUUGAAUGUGGAUUUUGUUGACCUAUUUUCACUUUUUAAAAGAAUUAGCCCUAUGGUCCUUUUUUAAUUAUUUUUUUACCCACUCACAAAUUUAAUCUGAACUGGGCAAUUACCCACAACUGUCAGAAGCACUGAGAGGACGUUAUCUUGGAUCAGCAAUAAUGCUAAACGGCCAGUAGUCUAAUUUGUCUUUUUAGCACAGGAAAUAUUUUCAGUUUAAAUGUUUUUUUUUUUUUUUUCCUCCACCUUGGUUUGGUUUGAGUUGGGGGGAAAAAAAUCAAUGUCUACAUGCCAAGGAAAAUUCACCUGCCUCUAUACAGUAAUGGAAAAACCCUGAUGGUUUAUGAAGCUGUAAAAGAAUUUAAUUGCUUGUUUAAUUGCUCAGGUAUUUCGAGUAAAUAGUUUCUUACUUGCG